UAAACUAAAUAAAAGAACUGACUCGUCACUCGUUCACCCAACUCAGCGAUUCGACUCACUUUCUUCUCAGCUGAGUAGUAAAAAAAGCGAAACCAUGGGCCACACACAACAAUUCUAAUCCGAAAAUUUUCAACUGAACUCGCUGAAUCUCGAUAGCGAUUCCUAGGGCUCUGCUUUUUUAAGGGGUUUUUGUCAAAAGGGUUCUUCUCUUUUUCUUCUACUUUUCCUUUAAUUCUCUCUUUGUUAGAAAAAUUGGGUUUUUUUUUUGGUCGGAGUGAGUGGAAAUGGCCGUCGGUGAAAUGAAAGUUUCGUCUUUGAAUUCGUUGCCUUUGGGGUUUAGAUUUCGACCCACGGAUGAGGAACUUGUUGAUUUCUACCUUCGUUUGAAGAUCAAUGGCGAGGAUGAACAAGUCUCUGUCAUUCGCGAAAUCGAUGUUUGUAAAUUGGAGCCAUGGGAUAUGCCUGAUUUAUCAGUUAUACCAACAAGGGAUCCAGAGUGGUUCUUCUUCUGUCCUCAGGACAGAAAAUACCCAAAUGGAAAUAGGUUAAACCGUGCUACAAAUGCAGGGUAUUGGAAAGCAACUGGUAAAGAUCGUAAGAUAAGGUCUGGAAGAACAACUGAGAUUGGUAUGAAGAAGACACUGGUUUUCUACACAGGGCGUGCUCCUAAGGGUAAGAGGACUAAUUGGGUAAUGCACGAAUACCGCCCCACGUUGAAGGAACUCGAUGGAACUAACCCCGGUCAGAAUCCCUUUGUAAUUUGUCGUCUGUUCAAGAAACAAGACGAGACUGUUGAGGGUUACAAGUGUGAGGACGCAGAACCAGCAUUGUCAUCUCCUAACGCACAAUGUUCUAUUGAUGAUGAAGAGUCUGAUCUAGCACUAGCUCAGGAGCCUCUGCCUUGUGUAGAGCAAGAGAGUAAGGUUUCGAUAAGGAUGGAAUAUCCUGCAGCCAAAACACCUGAGGAAAUAGUUACUGAUUUUGGCUGUGAUGCUAAUGAGGUUGAAGAUAAUGUGAAAGAGGAAAGUACUAGUGAGGUUGAUGUGCAGCUAAGGCAAGACUUGGAUAUGUUUUAUGAUCCCCCAUCUGAGACAUAUGUAGAUUGCAAAAUGUUUUCGCCCUUGCAUUCCCAGAUGCAAUCGGAGCUAGGAUCAACUUGCGCCUAUUACCCUGGCACGGGGGAAAAUCAAUAUGGGACAAAUGAGUCCGACGAUAUUACUCAGUUCCUGAAUUCCAUUCUCAAUGAUUUUGAGCAGAAUGGCUCUGAAGAAUUGAGCAGUGGAAGUAUUCAGGUCACUGAUGUCCAUGCUACGAGGAGUGUGAUUUCUGAUGAGGGUGAUAUGGCUGAGUUCGGGGAAGAAUUCCUUAAUCCUAUCAAUGAUUUGAAACCGGUUUUAAGUAAUGAUGCUGUAAUUCAAAUUAGAAGAAGGUCUCAACCCAGGCAAAAUCAAAUGACCAUUGAUGAAAUGAGGGCUAGACAUGGUGAUGCACCGAAAAGAAUACGCUUGCAGCGUAAACUUCAAAUAAGCUGCAGCUUCAAAUCCUUUAGUAAACCCGAAGAGGAACCAAACACAACUAUUAACAAGGAAAAAGAUGCAGAACAUCACGCCAAUGAUCACCCCGACGAGCCACUCGGAAAAGGAACAUCUAGAGAAUAUUAUGGGAAAGUGAAAACAAGAUCAUUCACAAUCCAAGAUACAGGCAAGAAGGUGUUGAAGACUUCUUUGGGUGGUUCAAACCAAACAUUUUCGAUGAUGUUUCGGGUAGCUGUCAUUGCAGUCUUGUUUAUAAGUUUCACUACCAUAUGGAAAUGUCUAGUUUAAUACUUUUAAAAAUGGAGCUAGGCUUUUGUAGAGUACAGAUUAAGUAUGUUAGAUUUUGUUUUAAAAUAUAUCCAAGUUUACAUCUUUGUAUAGUAUAACUCAAACUUGGAAUGACUUCAGUUUUUGUUUCAUGUAGAAAUAUUUUGUUUGAGGCUUUGUGUAAAAUUAUGAAUCUAAAGUACUUUUUAGAGUUUGCCACUAUUAAUAUUUAUCAUAAA